CUUGUUAACGUCGGAUCUGAGGAUGUUUUACAGCUUUAUUCGAUACCCUUCCGUCGAACUGACAACAACAAGACCAGCUAUGCCUAAAGAGUGUGUUCGUUGUCAAAGUGGGUGCACAUGCGGGGACGACUGCAAGUGUGCAGCCAACUGUAUCAAAUGUCCCACAGCUUCGUCACAAGGAGAGACUUGCAAAUGCUCGACUCCAGGGGGUUGCACAUGCGGUACCAAUUGCCAGUGUGGAGCGAGUUGCGUUUGCAAAGCUUCGUCCUGCUGUAAAUGAAGGAUAUCGUUGACAUGACGUCUGAAGAAUUAAUCCAACAUAUUCUGAAAUCAUUUCUGGAAACUUUCAUUACUAUUUCCCUUUAUCGUCUAGAUUAUAUAUCCAAAUGCACAAAACGAUAUUAAAAUACAUUUCGUCGAUCUAUAA